UAUAUAUUCAAAGUGGACCUCUUAAUUUGAUCCCAGUAAAUGAGUGAUCAUGAAACCGAACACGAUAGGACGCAUCUUCUGGAUCGUGCAAUUCAUCGACAUCUGCAUCUCGUCGAGGAUCCUGACUACGGUGGAUUCUUGUCCUUGUCAUCCUCCCAGCGAGUGUCUAAACACGUCUGAAAUCAGUUACAACAUCAGACAGGUGUUAAUAUUGCCUUGUGAAAGCGAAGAUGUAGUAAGAUGUUGCUCGAUAGUGUCGAAACCGAUAGAAUCCGCAGAUACGAGUGGAUCCUUGCAAGAUCAAGAGAACAAACUGGAGGGAAACGAUGGAGCAGAUGUACUAUCGUUGAACCACGGUAGUUUUCCAUAUCCGCUGCGGUAUGGUCACCAGGAGCAAAAAAGUGUGGAACACGAAGAGCCUGUUACGAGACAAAGAGACCAAUUUGCAACACCGGAAGUGUCCACGCAAGAUGACCGAGAAGAAUCGUACAACCAAGUUCUGAUCGAUCGAGCAACAAGCUUUGAAAGUCGCAGAACAUCUCCGCGGCAACCAGUUUCGUUUUAAAUUCGAGAUUCGAAGAAACAGGGGAAGGAAAGCCCUUCGAUCGCUGAAAGAGUGGUCUUGAACAAAGGUUGUCAUUCUAACGUGAAUUACGGGUUUCCAUCGAUGGCCGAAAGCUCGUCUGAAAAAAUAAGCGAUCUCUUCGAGCGGAAAACAUCAUUAGAGACGCCUCUUACGCUCGAUGAAGUAUCCACUCGAGCGAUCAUCGAAAAUGCAAGCUCAGUGAGCAAACUUGAUGCGUUACAGCGAGACGAUACGUCGAUCAGAAUUUUAUCA